AUGACUAUUCGACAGCUCCAGUAUUACAACCCAGCACACAAGCUCAACGUUCCGCUUCUAAAGUUCACGCUAGCCAACGUGCUAAAGGCACUGUCGUUCUUACACGACGAGGCUAAGGUCGUACAUACAGACAUCAAUCCUGGGAAUAUCAUGCUGACUGUGAAUGAUGACACUAUCCUGGAAAACUUCGAGAAAGCUGAAGCAGAAAACCCGUCGCCAUCCAAAGUGAUUGACGACACACGCACCAUUUACAGUUCCCGUAAGCUUCCCCAUCCUACGGGUGAUCUUUGGGGCCGACCAGUUCUCUGUGACUUUGGAGAAGCGCGGAUAGGAGAUUCCCACUCCGGCCUUAUUCAGCCUGAGCUAUACCGUGCACCAGAGAUAAUUUUCCAGAUGGAGUGGGGCUCCAAGGUGGACAUUUGGAGCCUCGCCACGUUGGUGUGGGACUUGUUUGAAGAUGAGCAUCUGUUCGACGCCCGUGACACCGAGGGCAACCCAUCAGGGACACAUCAUGUUUCCGAAAUGGUCGCAUACCUUGGAAUGCCUCCGCUUGAAUACACGCAAAGCAAUGAUAUCACAAAGAAGGUCUUCGAUGAGCAAGGUUAG